AUGUUCAAGUAUAAUGAAGAGGGUUUGAGAAAACAAAAAGAAUUAGAGCGACAAAUAAAAUCGGGCAAGGUUAAAGUUUUGAGGAAGUCCGACUUAAAGUCACAGUCAUUGCCACCUCCAGAAGUCCUGGAGGACGUGGAACGGACAUUGAAGCCUAGUCAAGUGAAACAAGAGGAAGAUGCUCCUAAGGCCAAGAGCAUAAAGACCAACAAAGAAACCAACAGGAAAACUGAUACUCGUGAAGAUGGCCUUCUCUCUCAGCCUCGUUUAUCGAUGUCACUGCCUCCAUCUUUGAAAUCUUGGCUUAUCGAUGACUGGGAUUUGAUUACUCGUCAAGCUCGGCUUUAUGAACUGCCUGCCUCUCAGCCAAUAUAUAAGAGAAUGUCAGAUAUUUAUGGUUCAAUUCAUUUGUUGAGGUUGUUUGUUAAACUCCGAGAUACGGUUUCAUGCGUCCGAGUCGAUGAGCAUAGUCUCCCUAUGCUAGAAGCUUUAGUUGCUGAGUUUUUGCAGUUUCUGCAAGAAAAUGAAAGCCGUUACUUCCGAAUUGAGGAUUACAGUGUGGCGACGGCAGAAUAUCAACGAAGAGCGAUGUGUUAAAUGUGCAUAUAACUAACUGUCACCGUUGUAAAAAAAACAAAAUUGAUACGUAUGCUCUGAAAUA